UCUAUCCUCUUGCACUGCUGUAGAUGCGCGAAUGAUGAGUCAUCAUGUAGGAAUUCAUUUCAAGCUUGAGAGUCGAGCAUGUUGCGUCACUCCGCUGCUCUUAUAACUGCACCUCUCUCACUCGAAAGUUAAUUCAUUCUCCGAUCUGAACUGGCGAGGAACGACUACUGUACGCCAUUGGAAUGAAUAGCUUGGUAUUAUUUAUUCUUUUGCACCUGGGGUUCAUGGUUUGCCAAGGAGCCAACCCCUGUUGCUCUCAGCCAUGUCAGAAUCGAGGUGUCUGUACGGCAUUGGGCUCAGACUCGUAUGAAUGUGACUGUACACGCACUGGAUAUUACGGUCAAAACUGCACAACACCUGAGUUUCUCACAUGGUUGAAAAUUUCUCUGAAGCCUUCUCCCAACACGGUGCAUUAUAUUCUCACACACUUCAAAAGCUUGUGGAAUAUUGUCAACAACAUGUCGUUUUUGAGAAACGGCAUAAUGAGAUACGUGCUAACAUCUCGUGCCCAUCUGAUUGAGAGCCCCCCUGUAUUCAAUGCUGACUAUGGUUACAAAAGCUGGGAAGCCUACUCAAAUCUCUCCUACUACACUCGCACACUGCCUCCUGUCCCGCACGAUUGCCCAACACCAAUGGGAGUCGCAGGAAAGAAAGAGCUGCCAGACGUGAAGCUUCUGGCUGAGAAGCUGCUUGUCAGGAGGAAGUUCAUCCCAGACCCUCAACGCACCAGUCUUAUGUUCGCUUUCUUUGCCCAACAUUUUACACAUCAGUUCUUCAAAACAGACAUGAAGAAAGGUCCAGCCUUCACAAGAGCCCUGAAUCAUGGGGUUGACUUGGGACACAUAUACGGAGAGGACCUUGAACGCCAACACAAGCUGAGACUUUUCAAGGACGGCAAGCUGAGAUAUCAGGUUCUGCAUGGUGAGGUUUAUCCUCCGACAGUCAGUGAGGUUCAAGCAGACAUGCACUACCCUCCUCAUGUACCCGAGUCCCAUCGCUUUGCCGUUGGUCACGAAGCCUUUGGACUGGUUCCCGGACUCAUGAUGUAUGCCACCAUCUGGCUGCGUGAGCACAACCGAGUGUGUGAUAUACUAAAGCAGGAGCAUCCUGACUGGGAUGACGAGAGGCUGUUUCAGACCGCACGGCUCAUCCUUAUUGGUGAGACGAUCAAAAUUGUCAUUGAAGAUUAUGUGCAACAUCUCAGUGGAUACCACUUUAAGCUCAAGUUUGAUCCUGAACUUCUCUUCAACGAGCGUUUCCAGUACCAGAACAGGAUCUCUUCUGAGUUCAACACUCUUUACCACUGGCACCCCCUUAUGCCUGAUGAAUUUCACAUCCAGGAUGAAGUCUACGAUUAUAAGCAGUUUCUCUUCAAUACAUCUAUACUGACAGACUAUGGCGUCAACAGCUUGGUUGAGUCCUUCACCAAUCAGAUUGCUGGAAGGGUGGCUGGAGGGCGUAAUGUUGCACCAGCUGUGUUAAAGGUGGUCAUGAAGUCAAUUGAAGACAGCAGGAAAAUGCGCUACCAAUCUAUCAAUGCCUACAGGAAACGCUUCAACAUGAAGCCAUACAAAUCCUUCGAAGAAAUGACAGGAGAAAAGGAGAUGGCUGCUGAACUUGAAGAGUUGUACGGGGAUGUGGAUGCUAUGGAGCUUUAUGCUGGGCUGCUGGUUGAGAAGCCCAGGCUCAACGCCAUCUUUGGGGAGACCAUGGUGGAAAUGGGUGCCCCCUACUCCCUCAAAGGACUUAUGGGAAAUCCCAUCUGUUCCCCCGAGUACUGGAAACCGAGCACCUUUGGUGGCAAAGUGGGCUUUGAGAUUGUCAAUACUGUCUCUCUGCAGAAAUUGGUUUGCAAUAAUGUCAAAGGGUCCUGCCCUAUGGCGUCCUUCUACGUGCCUAAUGUAAAAGAUUCAGUACCAUCCACCAUUAAUGCAAGUACUUCCCACUCCGAUCAAAACGUCAACCCAACAGUUUUACUGAAAGAACGGACAUCUGAACUCUGAUAGAUGUGUUCUGUAAGAAAGUAAUUUAUUAUUUAUUUAUUUAUAGGUUAUUUAUUUUAUUUAUUGUACUGAGAAAAUUAUCUUUUAUUUCAUAUUUUUGUAUUUGUAAUGGUUUUUGUACAAAUCUGAUGCUUUGUUUUUAACUAUUUAUUAAAUAUGUACAUUGUAUGUAUUGUAUAAAAUGUUUACAUUAGACCUCAGAUUUUAGCACUGCUAUAAUGCUGAAUAGUUUGUCAUCAUGAUUUUACUUGAAUCACGUUUCUAGUUGUUUACAAUGUUAAAAUGGUUUAACUUGUGUUGUUUGUUUACCGUCUGCCUUUUUUCUUCCUUUGUUUCCUUCAAUCUCCGUAAUGAAACAUCUCAAGAUCUCAGAAUACUAAACAAAAGUUUUCUUUCUAACGAAAUAUCUCACACACUGUUUUGUCUUUGUGAACACUUAUGUUUUAUCUAAAAAAGUAUUGAUAUUUGCUUAUUUUUAUACCUGAAAUAUGACUUUUUGAAAUAAAUCACAAUACGUCUAAUACUUUUACCUUGUUU